UUUCAGUAAAUCAUUAUCAAAUUACUCUUCAAUCAGGUUCAGAUUAUUCACAAACACGUGGUAAAGUAACUAUUACACUUAUUGGUAGUGUUAACACUGUUACAGUUACUUUUGAUGAUGACCAAACAACAUUUAAACGUGGUUCGGUUGAAAAUCGUUUCAUUCCUUUGACAGUUGAUAUUGGUGAAGUAAGAAAUAUUGAUCUUGAUUUCAAGAAAACAAACAAUAUAAUAUCAUCAUCAUGGUAUUCAAAUUCAUGGACAUUUACUAAAGCGACUAUACUCAAUGUUCAUGGUAAACGAGCAUCUGAUAUUUGUUAUGAUGAAUAUGGAUGUUUUACUACGGCAAAACCAUUUGGUGGAACAUUACAACGACCAUUCUCCCUUUUGCCUGAUCGACCUGACGUAAUCAGAACAAAAUUCUAUUUGUAUACAAGAGCAACACGUAAAAAUCGUAUUGAAAUUAGUCGUUCAACGGCUCUUGAUCCAUGGAGUGCAAGCAAACCAACCAAGAUUUGUGUUCAUGGCUUCGUAGAUAGCAUGAAUACACCAUGGUGGAUGGAUAUGAAAAAUGCUUUGCUCGACGCGGAAGAUGUUAAUGUGAUUUUGGUUGAUUGGUCAAAAGGUAAUGGAUUUCCAUACACAAAAGCGACAGCAAACACUCAAGUAGUUGGUGCUGAAAUUGCUUUACUUAUCAACUAUAUGAUUCAAAAUCACGGUGCUAAAGCUGCAGAUUUUCAUGUUAUUGGUCAUUCACUUGGUAGCCAUGUUUCAGGAUAUGUUGGUAAACGAGUUGUUGAACUUGGAAGAAUAACAGGAUUGGAUCCUGCUGGUCCUUAUUUCGAAGAUACUGAUCCAGCAGUUCGUCUUGAUCCUACUGAUGCUUUAUUUGUCGAUGUUAUUCAUACUGAUGGUGCUCAUAAUCUUCUUCUUGGUCUUGGUACUCUUCAACGUAUGGGUCAUGUUGAUUUUUAUCCUAAUGGUGGUUUCGAUCAACCUCGUUGUUCAAAGACACCUGGCAAAAUUUUGAAUCUUAUUCUUCAACUUGGAACAAUGAAUGUUGAUGGCUUUUUAGAAACAUCAUUGUGUAGUCAUUUGGCUGCUGUCUAUUUCUUUACUGAUUCAAUUCGUAAGGAAUGCCCAUAUGUAGGAUAUUCUUGUCGUAAUUUUGAUGAUUUUAAUUCGGGUAAAUGUUCAUUGCAAUGUGAUGGUAAAACUCAUCAAUGUAAUCGUAUGGGUUAUUGGACUUCACCUACUGGUGGUAAAGGUGAUCUGUAUUUGAAAACUCAAGAUGCUAAUGCUUUUCCAUAUUGCAUAAAUCAUUAUCAAAUUACUCUUCAAUCAGGUUCAGA